AUGACGUCCCGCUUCGCCUCAUCCGACUUUGCGCCGCCCAAGCGCGCCGUCCCGACGACGCGCGACACCUCCCUCGCGCCGUGGCUGCGCACCGUCACAGCGGCCUUUGGCGGCGGCAUGGUCCUCUUCUUCACGCCCAUCCUCAUCCUCCUCCCUCUCCGCGUGCCCGUGCCCCCCGCACUCGCCGCGCUUGUCCGCUGGGGCCCCGGCGGCGGCGGCGCGGAGCAGUACGAGGAGAUGAUCGCGUCCAUCUACGUGGUCUGGGGCGUCUUCCUUUUGCGUGCCGCCGCCGCCGAGCACGUCAGCGAGCACGCGCUGUUCCUCGACUUCACGGCGUGCGCCAACGUGGCGCACAUCGGGUUGAUGACGCUCAUGGCGGUGGUCAACGUCGGGGACCGGGUGCACCUGGUCGGCGACGUGCUGGCGGCAUGGCUGGUCCUCGGCCCGUUCGUGUACAUCUGGGGCUCGGUGAGGCGGGAGCAUGGCCGGCGCCGGCAGCUCCCGUGA